AUGGCACACACACACACACACACACACACACACACACACACACACACACACACACACACACACACACACACACACAUACACACACACACACACACACACACACACCACACACACACGGAUACACACAUUCACUGCUCCUUUAGAGUUUCCCCAUCAAACCAUUAUGGAUCUUGUUUGAAUGGAAUUUUUUGAUCAGUAAGCAGAUUGAUUUUAAUGAAAGUGAAAGUGAGCUGUUUUUAUUUUGUUACUCGAUGUGAAGCCAGAAUCAGGUGGGAUUGCUGUCUCAUAUAAAGAUGUGUUUAAGAAGAUUUCUGACACUUGUCAUCUUCACCAUUGGGGUCAGUGCAUUUCAUGCAGAUUGGACAGAAAUGGGAUCUGGGAUUCAAGAGCCAGAGGAAGUGGAACAGCGUUUAAGUCCUUUCACUCGAAAGGUGGACUUGCUGAAGCUCUUGUCCAGUCUCGUGCCACAGAGUAACAACGUGUCUUUGUUCGAGGAUAAUGAGGGAUGCUCGGUGCUGAGCGUCGGACUCUACUCGACCCUGACUCUACCGACGAGACAAGCUUUCGGCCUGAGCUUUGUAGAUGAGUUCAGUGUACUCCUUCAGCUGCGUAGCUCUCAGCAUGUGGACCGCAGUGUCCUGACCAUCCUGGACUUCUACAACGAGGUAACACUUCAGAUCCGCCUCCGUCCCUCAGGUUUCACCUUCAUCACUGCCCAUCAGCGCGACUACGAGUUUUUAGUGCCAGGCUUGUCUGAAUCACGGUGGCACUGGGUCUCAGUUGGAGCCUCAUUGGAAUAUCUAACUGUCUAUGUGAACUGUGUGCUGGUGGAGAAAGUCAGAUGGACCUUCCCAUACUUGGGUAUCCCUACAGACGGUCUACUGAUGGUUGGGGGCAUCCUGCGGGGCUUUGAGACGCCUUUCGAGGGGGAAAUCAGGCAGAUGACGUUUGUCAUGGGUGAUGGCAGAGCUGCUAAAAAUCAUUGCAGGCUCCAUCAGCCGGUGUGUGGAGCCUCAGUGGACUCGUGGAGCUACAAAACGUCUCGUAACACACAGUCUCCAUCGCUGUCUUCAACCAGCUUGAUAGAAGACCCGGAGUCCUUCAGUGGCGGAACAGAUCCCUUUAUUAUGACCACCAUUCAAAAUCCCAGGCCACAAACGGAGGAAACAGACAUGCUGAGUGGCGAGUUCCAGCCGACUGAUGGUUUCCGAGUGCUGGAAGAAUCCAAGAGGCACAAAUCCCCUCAAAUCACAUCUUACACCAGGAUAAAGAGCAACACUAAGAACCAAGCCCAGUCCACCACUGCUAAAUCCACAGCGGAAGAUCUGCUCUCACAAAAACGAACAGAUCUGGGGAAUUUAGUUCCUUCAAAACCCUUAGAAGACAUUGACCUGGAUUCCUCAACCGAUACCAGGCGCGUAAAUCUGAACCGUGUGCAUCCACAGUUCCAUGACCUAAACCUGACAGAAGAGGACCUGUUACCUUCAGGGACAUACACCUCUUCUGAAUCUGUCACUCAUGGACAAGGCUUAAGGGACUUCUUCAGUCAGAAAGGCCAGGGAGAACCUGAAACCCAUCAUGAUAGAUCAACACACCAAAACAUCACAAGAAGCCCAUCUAAACAUGGAGAUCUGAUCACAGGAUCUGAUGGAAAGAAGUAUCGACUGUUGAGAGGACCUCCGGGACCUGCUGGUCGUCUGGGGAAAAGAGGUUGUGCCGGGCCCAGAGGAUACGUUGGAUUUAAGGGAGACAAGGGAUCCCAAGGAGAAAGAGGGCGAGAUGGUCCAGAGGGUAGCCCGGGUCCCCCAGGACCGGCAGGAUUACCCUCGCUCUACCUAUGGCGCAACACUCAGGAGGAAUGGGCUGCAUUCAUGAGAACGUCAUAUUACCAUUUGUUAAUGGCAGGAUGGCCUAGAGAGACUGGGCCUCCUGGAGCAAUGGGGCAAAUGGGAAGUCCUGGACCACCUGGGAUACCAGGAGAGCCAGGAGAGAUGGGACCUCCAGGUCAACAAGGUGACAUGGGUGAUGUGGGUCCAAAGGGUGUGCGUGGCCGGGCAGGGACCACAGGAAGAGACGGAGAGAACGGGCCGGCUGGAGAACCGGGUCCUCCAGGAAUACCUGGUCUGCAGGGGCUUCGGGGUUAUAAAGGAGAAUCAGCGCCCCCUGGAGACAAUGGAGAACCGGGUUUUCCAGGUGCUCCAGGGCCCAGAGGGGACAGAGGAGAGACUGGAUUAAAGGGUUCAAAGGGUGAAGUUGGGUCAACAGGCUCUGUCGGUCCUCCAGGCCCAGUGGGUAUCAGAGGAGUUGAAGGGCAUCCUGGAACACCUGGGCCAGAGGGGGAUCCUGGGCAUGAUGGGAAACAUGGUCCUCCUGGAGCAAUUGGAGCUCAAGGGGCUACAGGGAUGGUUGGGGCACAAGGAGUUAAUGGCUCUGAAGGAGAUUUUGGACCUACAGGCCCAGUGGGACGAAAAGGCCCUCAGGGUCCUGCCGGUAUACAAGGAAUCAGAGGCCUCCCUGGUCUGCCAGGGCCACAGGGACCAACAGGAAAUGAUGGACCUCGUGGACUUAAAGGUUCCAUUGGACAUGACGGUCCAGUGGGAAUCAGAGGACUGCAUGGAAUGGAAGGGCCAAUGGGCACAAUUGGAGAUCCAGGUCCGAAAGGCUUUCUAGGCAACACAGGCAGCAGAGGUCCGGAUGGAGAGAGAGGUGCUCCUGGACCAAAAGGAGAAAGAGGUGCACCUGGAGCACUGGGAAUUAGGGGUCCUCAGGGGGAGAGAGGUCAGUCUGGAUUUCUUGGAUUAUCUGGGGUCAAAGGUCAGCCAGGGUCUCCAGGUAUACAGGGUGAAGAUGGUGAAGUGGGUCCCCAGGGAAUGAUUGGAAAGGAGGGCCCAAAGGGGACUAGGGGUGAAUCUGGACAUAAUGGAGAACCAGGGACUAGAGGACAACGGGGACGAGCAGGUCAACACGGACCCCCUGGUGGGUUUGGAUUUCCGGGUCUCAGAGGCCCACCAGGGACUGAGGGAGCAGAAGGAAAGCCUGGUACACAGGGUGUUCCUGGUUCGGUUGGAAGCUCGGGUGAUAAAGGGCAUAAAGGUUCCCGUGGAUUAGCAGGAGAACCCGGAAAAAGUGGAGCCACAGGUUUACCGGGCUCAGCUGGUCGACCUGGUCAAGACGGCAGCCAGGGAGUAACAGGAGAGAGGGGUUUACCAGGGAAUCCAGGAGCCGAGGGUUCGCAGGGGCCUGUGGGAAUGUAUGGUUAUCCAGGGCCGAGGGGCUUACAGGGAAGGCCUGGCCAUAUGGGAGAACGGGGUGAGCCUGGAGUAAGAGGAACUGUUGGAAAACCUGGACAGAGGGGACCCCCUGGCCCUCGUGGUACACCUGGAGAGAGGGGCCCACCUGGACCUCAGGGCCGCCAAGGUGAGAUAGGACCAGCUGGUAUACAAGGACAACCUGGUUUACCAGGUCCACCAGGCACUGUGGGGACACCAGGGAAACCGGGUCCUCCUGGCAGUCUGGGACCACAAGGGCCAAGUGGAAAAACGGGGCCUUUUGGAUUGCCAGGAGCUCCAGGAGCUACUGGGAGAAUCGGACUAUCAGGAGAGAAAGGACAGCAGGGAGUUUCAGGACCUCCAGGUGACCCUGGAUCUACUGGUCUGACUGGAAAGCAGGGAUUUCCUGGUCCUCGGGGGUUAGAAGGGGCAUCAGGGAGAAAAGGAGAACAUGGCUCAGCCGGGUCUGUUGGGAAGCCUGGACCACUGGGAAUUCCUGGAGGUCCGGGGCAACAAGGGCCUCAAGGGAUGCAGGGAGAGAGAGGACAGAGUGGCAACGAGGGGUCUGCAGGACUUGUGGGCAGUAUUGGAGAUCCAGGCCAUAAAGGACAGAAGGGUGACCCUGGACUACGGGGGACCUCAGGGGAUGCAGGGCCUCCGGGAUAUUUUGGGAUCAAAGGAGAAAGAGGUCGAAAGGGUGAUAAAGGCUUUGCUGGAUUUCGUGGUCAAAGUGGACUGAUGGGGAAAACUGGACCAGCAGGAUUGUUAGGAUUAGAGGGUUUGAUAGGAUUCAGAGGGUCUCCAGGACAAGAUGGUGAACCAGGGCUAAAGGGUGAUCCUGGCAUUAAUGGUUUGACAGGAGCUCAGGGAGAAACUGGAAAGCAGGGGGCAAGUGGACAAAGAGGACUAAAGGGAGAGAAGGGAAAACCUGGACCAGAGGGUGCUCCUGGUCUCAGAGGCUCUGAAGGCUUGAUGGGACCUAAAGGUUUACCAGGAACUGAAGGUUCAAAAGGUGAGCCAGGCAGACCUGGAUCUCCAGGAGAAGCGGGUCCUGACGGCUUUUCUGGUAUCAGAGGGCCUCCUGGACUUCCAGGAUUAGAGGGGCUUCAAGGGAAAAUGGGAGAUCAGGGGGCUGUUGGACCUCCAGGACCACAGGGUCCAAAGGGCAGACCUGGGCUUGAUGGAAGGGAUGGACAGAAAGGUCAGAAGGGAAAGGAUGGCAGAGAUGGACAGCCUGGAAAUACCGGGAACCCUGGACGUCCGGGAAAAAGAGGGAAAGCUGGACAGAAGGGACCGAGAGGGCUCAGAGGAACGAAGGGUCCCCCGGGGCCUGUUGGGUGGACUGGACCACCAGGAAGGCCAGGUCCAUAUGGUUUACUGGGAGUAAAAGGAGAAAAAGGAGAGAAGGGUGAACAAGGACCACAGGGAGAAAAGGGGGGAAUGGGACCACAUGGACCACCAGGGGGCGAUGGAGCAAAGGGACAGAUGGGGUUUGUUGGAGAAAUGGGCAAAGACGGUCCAAAAGGGGAGCAGGGUGAUAUCGGACCACCGGGGAGAAGAGGGAACAUAGGCCAACCAGGCAUGCCUGGCCUGUUUGGAGAAAAGGGUUUAAAGGGGUUUCCUGGUCUUCCUGGACGUGCAGGAAAUACAGGGCUACCUGGACCACCCGGUCCUCCUGGACCCCCUGGAUUAUCUCUCAAACUCACAAUGGCUGAGCUAAAGGAACUUAUGUACCAAUCAGACAGUCCCAACUACCCCCUUAUCAGAACACUACUCAACUCUUUACAGCAAGACCUGCGGCUCUUCAUAGAUCCACCUGAUGGCACUAAAGAGCGGCCGGGUACCACCUGCUUGGAGUUGAUGAUAUGCCACCCGAACUACACCAAUGGAAUGUAUUAUAUCGAUCCAAACCAAGGCAAUCCUGCUGAUGCUUUUCUAGUCUACUGCAGCUUCACUUUAGGAGGUCAGACGUGUCUUUCUCCACUCCAGGCACAGGUCCCAGUGAAAGCCUGGCUAAAAGACUCACAGGAGGAUUCUUUCACUUGGCUGAGCAGGACAGAGCAAGGCUUUCAGUUUGAGUAUACUGAAACCAGCGUGGUGCAGAUGAGGUUCCUGCGUCUAAACAGCAAGCAGGUUACACAGAACAUUACCUUCUCCUGCGGGCAAGGGAGCAGGCAGGGAUCAAGUGAGAGAGAAAUCAAAUUUCUUGCUGAUUCUCGGAGGCAGAGUUUCUUGGGGACGUUCAGAGAUUGUGUGGCAAUAGAGGAGUUGAAUACAAGAGCUCAAGAUUCAGUGUUCCAGUUUGAAACCGAAGACCUGGAGCUUUUGCCGAUCAGAGACUUGGCGUUGUUUGGCCAUAGUGACCUUGCAGAAGACUUUGGAUUUACUGUCGGACCUGUGUGUUUCAGCUAGAGACCUCCAGAAGACACGCACGCAUGCACGCACACACACACACACACACACACACACACACACACACACACACACACACACACACACACACACACACACACACACACACACACACUCACACAUACACUCACACAUACAUUCCCUACAGACUGCUGACUGCUAAGCUGGUGGUAAUUGGUCCCUCGCUAAACACAGCCAAAUUUGCAAGCAAAAGGAGAGAAGCAUUUCUUCAAGCUCUAGACAUACUGGACGUUGUUGUUUUCCUAACAAUGAGAAAAAUGAACCAGCUUACACUUUCCACUUUCUUUUACCUUUUAGUUUACCAAGCUUGCCAAGUGGCACUGAUACUUUGCUGCACACGUUGUUGAAAUGAACUGUUUUGUUUUUGUUGUACGGUGUUUACAAUGCUCUUUGUUUUAAAUCAGCGCUUCUUAUUUAUAUCAUGCUCAUGUUUUACUACAUGUCAUCAUCCAGGUUUCUUGUCUAGCUAUUGAUACUGUACAUUCACCUAGUUUGCUCAAAGAUGCACUCUUAUUCCAGGUUGACGCAACUUACGACCAAACGCACUGUGAUCUUAGCUGAAGUUUAAGAUGUAGGAUGGGAGGCUGGCAUACAAAUGAAACAAAUAUAUGACACUAAUUGUGUGACUGUUGCAUUGUAGUGUCACAGGACACAAAUAAGGGGUCGAAAAUAUCGGGUUUACGUAUAUUAAUUAUUUCAGACGUGAACGUGUAUGCAGCAAGCAAUUUUUCAUGUAAAAUUUAUUUUGGUGCUGUUGUCUGAUGUGUUUUUUUGUUCAGGUCCUUUGUUUUGUUUUGUUUUUUCUCUUUAGAUAUGUUCAAAGAUCAUAAUGUUCAAAAUAUGAUAAUUUAUAUGCUGGUCAUUGAAUUGAUGACAUUAUGACAAGAUAUUUACAUAUUCAAUGCAAUGUAAUAAACAGUUCUUUCUGUGUCUGA